AUGGAGAACGGCAGCAUGUUCGCGUCUUCCGGGCCUAGCACACGUUUCGGGGAGGAAUCCGGAUCAGGAGAGACCAAUCCAGACAGCGUUUAUUCCCAGCCGGCGGAGCGGCCGGGUAUCACUGCCGCUCGAUCUGAUCAAGCCAUCUUCAAGACUCCCGUAGUCUUUAACGGCCAAACAGCUGGCCAUGCACCUUCUACCCCGUCACGAUACCACCAGCAAUUCUCCGCGACGACGCAGCUGAUCCUAAGUCGGAUAAAAAACGGCUCGGGAUCCAGUUCCUCGGCGACCCCAUCCGACUUUUCCUCGGCUGCACUCCCGACCCCGGCAAAGGCGACGUACGAGGAUGUUAGGCGCAGAGUCGUUCAGAACCUGGUUACCACGCCCACGGUUGCCAUGCCCCAGACACCCGCAAACAAAACCGGCACACAGCCCUUUAGAAACCUCAACAGCCCGCCCUCAGCUACUUCACCUGCAGUCGGAGGCAAGAGGAAGCGAGGGGUCGAGGACCACGACGCCAGACGAAAUGCGACACGCUCUGCCCCCACAGCCGAGCCCGCGGUCGUUCUCCCCCCGGCUCCGAAGCAGCCGCCAAAGAGGAGACGCAUCAAGGAUGAGACCAAGUGCAACAAGUGCCAGCGCACCUCUUACACGGAGGCCAACGUCAUCAUCGCUUGCGCUUGCGGCGAGGCUUGGCAUCAACUCUGCCAUGAGCCCCAGAUCACGGAGGAUACUGCCCGCAACCGCGCGUCCUUCAAGUGCGGCACCUGCAUCCAGGAGGAUAAGGACCAGGCGGCGUACCAGGUCGAGCUUGCCAAGUGGCGCGAGCUGAAGCAGGAGCAGGCGGGCUUGAAGAAGCAGCAGAACGAGGUUGCGAGAAUGCGAGAGAGAAGGCUUGCAAACCUGCCGGGGUUUAUCAAACCCGAGCUGGUCGGCUUCGAGGCGGGAGAUGCCAGCAUGGAGGCUAGACGAGAAUACUUCGACGAUCUUCGCAGAACGGAUUUGAUUAACCUUUUGUCUUUCAGCGACCAGAUCAAGCCCGGCCUCCUGGUAGACAUCCUCACCUCGGUCUCCAAGAAGCACCCGGACCUCCCCAUCUUCAGCGCACCGGACUGGGCCCAACCUAAAGUGGUAGCGAGCCCCCAGACGAACGUCCUUAAGAACGGCACCGGAAACCAGCUUAGGUCCAAGGUCUCCAAGCAGCGCUCAAAGACGGGCGGCGUCCGCAAGAUCCUCAAGACCGCCCCCGCCGCGGCCAACGCAGAGGCCGCCGAAGACGAAGACGACGACGUCUUGCCCCCCUCGUGGUCCAAAGCAGGUCAGGGUCUUUACGCGACGCUGCCGCCGGAGAAGGAGGACGUCCAUUACUUGGUCGACGAUAACGACGAAGAGGGCUGUAGUCAUUUCUUUGAUCCCAGCGGACGCCAGGAUGAGGCACCUGUUAAGACCACGGGCGACGUCCAGACGGCUCACGCGGCGGGUUGGCCGCUGAGCACGGCCGAGAACCGCGAGCACACCAGAGACGGCGAAGGCAGCAGCAAGGGACCCGAAGACACCGACGAGGGUGACAGCAGCACCGACGGCAGCAACAAGGGGAAUGACGGGAGGAACCCCAAGGCACCGGUGAGGCCGAGAAUUAUCCUAAAGGUCAAGGGAAGCAGCAACUCCGCGGCCGCGCAGAAUCCGACAGCCGCCGGACCUGCAGUCAUCCAGGUCAAGACCGGCGGCAACAAGCCCAAGGCCCCCAAGAAGAGAAAGACGUCCGCCGGCUCCCCGGACAGCCCCCCGGCCAUCGAGGCCAACGGCACCAAACCCAAGGCUCAACAGAAGAGGAAGACUUCCGCCGGCUCCUCCGCCGAUAAGAGAGGUAAGACCACGAAGCGGGGCAAGAAGGCACCCGCCGCGCCCGCCGUCCCUGCGCAGACGUCCCCCGCCCAGCCCCGUUUCCGUACGACGAGACGGAGUCUGGAAGCCUCGGCGUAUGUGCCGGAGUAUACUUCUUCCAAAGCGGCGCGGGAUCUGGAGCCUUGGUUCUGA